AUGGCCGAACUAAACGCGUUGAAUGGAAAUGGAGACGGUUUCCAUAUUCAAGGAGCCAUCCAAGUUGAUGGUGUGACGGGUUGUAACAUCUGUGGUUGGAGCUGUAACACGACCACUUCGAUGGUUAACUUCAAAGUUCUGGGCACUGACAUGUCGACGGUGAUUGUCGAUGACAACACACAUUGUGGCUAUAUAAACAACGAUAAUGACGGACGGUAUGAAUGCUCGAACACUGGUGUGUGGCAAUUCAAAACGACUGCUGGUGUGUCUAUCGAUAUGGGCAAGUACACGUGCUCAAAGGGUGUCCCUUGCUGUCAAUCAUGUACUUUGGCACAGCUGAAUGCGUUGAAUGGAAAUGGAGACGGCUUUAUAUUCAACGUCGAAGGCAUCUCGAAUUGCAACAUUUGCGGUUGGAGCUGUAACACGACUAAUUCGAUGGUUAACUUCCAAGUCUUGGGCACAGAUCUGACAACAGUGAUCGCCAAUGACGACACAAAUUGUGGCUAUAUCAAUAAUGACAAUGAUGGACGAUAUCAAUGCUCAAGCAAUGGUGCCUACGAUAUUCCAGACAGCUACUGGUGUGUAUGCUCGACAUGUGGCAAACACACAUGCUCAAAGGGUGCCGCUUGC